AAGUCAAAAGUCAAAAACAAACAAUAUAUAAAAUAUUUAUCAAAUUUUGGCAUUCCGAGUUUAGAAUCAUAUCGCCAACAAAUUUCUAAAUUUCGAACAACAUUUAAAAUUAUCUCCGUAUUAUAAUAAAAUCACAGAAGAAAAGUGAAAGAAAAUUUGCUAUAAUAUAACAGAUAUUAUGAAGCGUCGGAAGUCGCAGAAACGAGUGAAACAAUGUUUGGAUCUGGUCAAAUUAAUAAGAAACAGGCCCAGGCCGCAGCCAUACUAUUUUCAACGGAGCAGCAGCAAUGCUGGACGAAGCCGCAGAAACGAAAGUAAUUGCUUCUGCUAUAACACGGCAAGCAAUUUUCAUCGCUCGUGCAUUUUCAACUGUCAUAAUCUACAUCCAGAAGCACUUGCAUCCAGUCAUUCGUCGUUUCACAUACCGAACUGUUACUCGCAAAUUCACAGUGAUUGCAGUAGCUCCGAAGAAAUCAGCCCAAAAAACAGUAUACUUUCAAAACCUGAUGUAGAAUUGUUCGAAACUGAAUCACAAAUAACGGUGCUGUCAUAUGGUUUAGUUAAUGAACUUAGCAAACUGUCAAAUACAACUCCAAAAGCAAAUACAACUCCAAGUACAAGUAAAUUGCCGCAAGAAGUGGAAGAAAAUGCAAGCCCUAGUUGCUCCAAUAACAGGAAAACUGAAGCUGAAGAGACUACGAAUGAACUCACACCCAACGAUGAAGUGUCUAGUUCUGAGUCUUCAGCGAAGUCAAAUGAAACGAUAUCAGCCGAAGUGAGCAAUGAGGAAAACACACUCAAUGCCAGUCAGUCAGCGCUAGAACACGAAACUACGACAGCGGUGGCUGAACCUAACGUUAGUAGACAACUGUCGACGGAUGAAGAAGCGGGCGGCGACGGUCAUCACAAUAACGAUGUCAUCGAAAUCGAGAUAACAUUACUAUCUGGUAAUGAUACAAAUUCGGAGGAAGAGGAUGAGGGCGAUGUUGAAGCUGAAGCUGAAGCUGAAACCGAUGGCGAGACUCCCAUGCCAGUGGAAAGUGGGGAAUGAAGUAUAUAGAAUUGUAAACCAGUGUUCGUGAACAAAAUAUAAAUGUCGUGUACGAAGAAAUAUAAAUUCUUAAAGCUUAAAUUAAAGUGUGUCUGAUGGGA